ACAUAAUUUGUCAAAACCUACUUUGGAAAAAAAUGUUUUUAGGAUAUGUCCUGCUCAAUAUUGACAAAAUGCUUUAAAAUGUAAAUGUAGGCAUACUCCAAAUUAUUAUAAGUUUGACAUUUUCAGGAGCAUUCAGUCUUACUUUUGGUAAAAAAUGAUGUAAAUGUAAUUUUUCAAAUGACGUAAAACAAACAAAAAUACAAAAUGUACAUUUUAACAAACCUGAUGCUGCUUUUAAAACUAUUUAACAUAUUUUUGAAUUGCUUAUUUUGCCAACCCUUAUUUGAGACUAAUGACCUAAACAGCUAAUAAAUGAUCAACUUCUGAUUUAAUUAAUAAAUAAUUUCAGAGCAGUUUGAAAUCUAAAUGUUGUGCCACUCUUGAAGUAUCAGAUUAAAUCUAGACACUGUUGGGCUGAUUUAGUCUCCAUGUUCCCCCAGUGUGUGUUUUUGUUUCUCCUUUAUUUUAGCCUCUAGAAGCUUCUUGUCAUGUUUGUGUCCCAUUCUUCAUUUAGCUGCUGCUUCUGCUGUUUUUCACCUGUAGACGUGUCCUCACCGUAGCCUCUGUAGAGCUCCUCUGGCUGUGCUCUGGUCUGAUUGGUUGGCUCCUGUGUUCCCCAGUUGCUGAUUGACCUGUCAGAGGUGCCAGAGUCGUGGUUUCCCGGUCAUACGCUGACUUUACGCCUGCGAUGACCUUUGACAUCAAGAAAUGUGACGUGCACCGUCUGGAGGAGGGUCCUCCGCUGAAGGCGGAGCUGACGCGGGAGCAGGGCCUGCAGUACUACCGCACCAUGCAGACCAUCAGGCGCAUGGAGCUCAAAGCCGACCAGCUCUACAAACAGAAGAUCAUCAGAGGCUUCUGCCACUUGUAUGAUGGACAGGAAGCGUGUGCCAUGGGCAUCGAGGCCGGCAUCAACCCGAGUGAUCACCUAAUCACAGCGUACCGCGCCCACGGUUACACCUACACCCGCGGAGUGGCGGUCAAAGAGAUCCUGGCCGAGCUCACAGGUCGUAAAGGUGGCGUGGCCAAAGGGAAAGGAGGAUCCAUGCACAUGUACGCUCCUCACUUCUACGGAGGGAACGGCAUCGUAGGAGCUCAGGUUCCUCUAGGAGCCGGCAUCGCUCUGGCCUGUCAGUACCAAGGCAACAACCAGCUGUGUGUCACACUGUACGGAGACGGAGCAGCCAAUCAGGGUCAGCUGUUCGAGUCCUUCAACAUGGCCGCCCUGUGGAAGCUGCCGUGCAUCUUCAUCUGCGAGAACAACAAAUACGGCAUGGGGACGUCUGUGGAGCGAGCGUCAGCCAGCACCGACUACUACAAGAGAGGAGACUACAUCCCAGGGCUCAGAGUUGACGGGAUGGACAUCCUGUGUGUCCGAGAGGCCACCAAGUUUGCUGCAGACCACUGCAGGUCUGGAAAGGGUCCCAUUGUGAUGGAGCUGCAGACUUAUCGUUACCAUGGACACAGCAUGAGCGACCCAGGUGUCAGCUACCGCACUCGUGAGGAGAUCCAGGAGGUGCGCAGCAAGAGUGACCCCAUUUCUAUGCUGAAGGAGCGCAUGCUCAGUAACAACAUGGCGUCUGCAGAGGAGCUGAAGGAAAUUGACGUGGCGAUCCGUAAGGAAGUGGAGGAAGCGAGUCAGUACGCGACUUCAGACCCCGAGCCGCCGCUGGAUGAAAUGUGCAACCACAUCUUCUCCAACAGUCCGCCGCUGGAGGUCCGCGGGACAAACCCAUGGGCCAAACUGAAGUCUGUCAGCUAGAUCACACCUCAAGAGUCCCAAACACUGACCCUCCUAAAAGGUAGACGACCCCCCCCCCCCC